AUAUAAAUUUUGAAUUAUUGAAUAUGUUAAAAAGUAAAACCUAAACCCUAAUUUCCUAACUAAAUCAGCGCCGCACACACAGCCACAACUCCACUCCACCACCGCGUCUGACUCCCAUCGCUCUCCAGUCUCCACCACCGGGCGUUCCGCGCCGACGCCGUCCCACCCCGCCGGCCACCACCCCACCUACUCUUCGCCUGCAAUCCCCCACCACGCCACCUCCGCGCUUGCAAUCCCCCAGAGCAGCUCGAAGCUCGAGCGCAGAGCGCCGCAGAUCUGCGCCUCUCUUCCCGACGGCCGACGCCCUCCACCUCUGACCUCAGAGUUUCAGACGCCCUCCCCAGAGCACCUCAUCGGCGCGUCAUUCCUUCAGGCUGCAGAUUUGCGAGGAACACCCUUGUGAGAAACUUCACAACAACACAUAUUGUAGAGGUUCCAUUUUCAUGCUCCAGAUCUUCACCUGCAUACAAAAUUAAAAAAUUACUAUCAAUUGCAAAUAUCAUUGUUUUAGAAUUUAUUGUAAUAAUUGGGUUGUAAAUUUUCCAAAAAAAAAAAAAUAUAAAUAGAAGGACCACAUAAAAAUUAUAAAACACAAAAUGACAAAAAAUAAUUAGAGCAACCAAGAAUAGAGAGAGAAAGUUACCUUAGUGAAAUAUGGUCUGAAAUGAUUUGGUAUUUAUAGGCUGAGUAUUCAUCAAUUUGGCUCCAAUGUUGGUUAUUUAUGAAUUUCAAAUGUGUAUCUGGGCGCCAGUUUUUGGAGCUAAAUUCUAAAGAACCAGCUGUAUAAAGCAAAAGUAAAUAUUAAAAUAUUAAAUUUUUACAGUUUUGAUGCAGUUUGUACACGCAAUGACAGAUUAUAUAUCUGCGCAGCCUCUGCUUUCCACAUGCACAAACAGAAGCAACAUAUAUGCAAUAAGAAAUAUAAAAUUUUGGAAUUUUUAAUGCAGUCACAAACUUGAGCCCGAAGUCACAAAUUUUACCCAGCGGAUAGAAAAGCUCGAUAUUUACUGGAUAAAAGGCAGCUACUUUUGGCGAGAAACACGUUCCCCAAAAAUCUAUACUUUAAUAUUAGUAUAGAUGGCGAAUGCGGAGGCGGAGGCCGUCGAUUUCGAGCCUGAGGAGGACGAUCUUAUGGACGAGGAUGUCGGCGAUGGCUCCCCCAACCGAGCUACCGUUCCUCGCCUGAAGUCCGCCAUCACCGGCGGCGGCUCCUCCACCGCUCCAAAGAAGACCAAGGGCCGCGGGUUUCGCGACGAGGCCGCUGCUGAAGCGGACCGAAAUGCUCGCAUGUCCGCCCCCUUCGAUUCGCUCGAUUCAGAAGGCGGUCCUGGCCCCGAACGAUCUAUUGAAGGAUGGAUUAUUCUGGUUACUGGAGUUCAUGAAGAGGCUCAAGAGGACGAUCUGCAAAACGCAUUUGGUGAUUUUGGAGAGAUAAAGAAUUUACACUUGAAUCUCGAUCGUCGUACGGGUUUUGUCAAGGGCUAUGCUCUAAUUGAAUUUGAGAAGUUUGAGGAGGCACAGAGAGCCAUAAAUGAGAUGAAUGGAACUGAACUCCUAACCCAGACCAUGAAUGUUGACUGGGCGUUCAGCAAAGGUCCAUUCAGAAGAAGGAACAUUAGGAGGAGAUCACCUCGGGGUCAUCAUUCCAGGAGUCCAAGGAGGAGAUUCUGAUCAUGGUGGCAUGUGAGAGUUUUUGGCACUUUGAUUUAGAGUGAAGAUACAAAUGUGAAUCUUUGUUAACUUUUAACAAUGUGUACGAUUGUUGUUUCUGUUGUCAGUUUUCGUUCAUUGACUUCAUUUCAGCUGUAUUAACGUAUUUAUGAGGCUUCUUUGGAUUGCUCUUCCUGGCUUGCUAUUUAUAUAGGUUGGUACUUUAGUUGAAGGAUGUUCCAAUGUUGUGUUCUUAUUGAUUCCGAUCAGUGUAUUCAUUGCCUUUUUGAUUGGUA